AAUGGCUGCAGCUACUGACUCCUCCACCCGCAGCGGCCCGCCUGCUGUGCGGCUGCCGCGGUUGCCACCGCUCAAGGUGCUGGCGGAGCACUUGCGACGCGACGUGGAAGGCGCCCCGGGCUCAUGGCGGCUAUCGCGAGCGGCAGCCGGCCGUAAACCACUGGACUUGGCGGUCGUAUGGAUGCAGGGAACCAUGGUGGCGGCGGGCGGCGGCGAGGCACGGCUGCGGGACCCGAGCGGGACCUUCUCGGUGUGCGGCCUGGAGCGGGUGCCGCGCGGGCGGCCCUGCCUGGUCCCAGGAAAAUACGUGAUGGUGAUGGGAGUGGUGCAGGCUUGUAACCCGGAGCCCUGUCUUCAGGCUGUGAAGAUGACAGAUCUUUCUGAUAAUCCCAUCCACGAAAGCAUGUGGGAACUGGAAGUAGAAGAUUUACACAGGAACAUUCCUUAGAUGACACUGGAACCGUCCAUCCUUAAAAACAACCUUCACUCUGAAAUGAUCUCAGUUCUGACUGUGUGGAUUUCAGGGACAUCACUCAUGCAUAUUUUAUUGGCAUUGUAUAUUUCUCAAAAGCUCCAAGAGGACUGCUUCUGGAUACAGGCACUUUUAAGUGCUAGGAGGCUUCAGUUAACUCAGCCUCCUCUGCCUUUUGCUUUGACUGUGUUUGCUGAUGAAAAGCAGAUGCUGUGUGGCUUUUUCUUUCCAUUUGUGCGUGUUAAUUUCUGUCUCUAAAACACACACAAGUCUCAUGUUACAUUUUCCAGAUUUUACAAAUGAUGAUUCUUUUUCCAUUAUGGCUUCAUACAAUUCAAAACUUGAAUCUCAGUCAUUGUCCGUGGUGAUUAAAGUGUAGCUAUGAGCAGGAAAGCAGACUGGGUGAAAGGGAAGGACGUCAGGGCUCCUGUCCCUCCAUAGACAACUUCCUAUUCAGUUUGCAAGUUAAAUGGCUUAGGGCAGACCCAAGUGACCCCAUACCUCUGUGUGUGUGUGUCCGUCUGCAGGAUUGACUGAGCCAGAGCUAUAUCCUCAGCCUUUGAGACAAGAUCUCUAAGUCACUAGAUUGGCCAGAGGA